AUGAGACCAACUUAGGCACCAUCAGCAAAUCAAUAGUAAGCUGCUGAAUAUGAACUUUACAAGAGAAUUAAAUUGCUAGGUGAAGGAGCCUUUGGUAAGGCUUAUUUAGUAGAAGAUUUGCGUACACAUGAAUUACUGGUUUAGAAGUAGAUGGACAUGAAGGCAAUGUCUACAGAAGAAAAACGUGAAACAUAAAAAGAGGCAAGAAUUUUAUAGCAAUUAAAUCACCCUAACAUAGUUAAAUUUAAGGACGUUUAUACCACCAAGAAGGGAAAGUUAUGUAUUAUUAUGGAAUAUGCAGAUGGUGGUGAUUUGGCAAAGGUAGUUAAGGAUGCUAGAGGAAAAUAUCUUUAGGAAAAAUAAAUUUUAGAUUGGUUUACUUAAAUUUGUUUGGCUAUGAAGCACGUUCAUGAUAGAAAAAUUAUUCAUCGUGACUUGAAAGGACAGAAUAUUUUUUUGACAAGGAACCAUAUUGUAAAGCUAGGUGAUUUUGGAAUAGCAAGAGUUUUGAGUAAGACAGUAGAAAAGGCAAAAACAAUGGUAGGAACGCCCUAUUAUUUAUCGCCUGAAAUUAUUGAAAGCAAACCAUAUUCAUUCAAGACUGAUAUUUGGUCUUUGGGAGUCAUUUUAUAUGAGCUUUGUGCAUUAAAGCCACCUUUUAAUGCUGAUUCUUUGCACUUUUUAGCUUUGAAAAUUGUUAAAGGUUAAUAUUCGCCAAUUCCAACUCAUUUCUCAAAAGAAAUGAAAAACUUAGUAUCAAACCUUCUAUAAGUUGAUGCUAUUAGAAGACCUUCUAUUAAUGAUAUUAUGAAAAUGCCUAUUAUUUAAGAGAGAGUUAAAAAUUUCCUUUCUGAAACAAUAAGACAAGUUGAAUUCUCACACACCAUUCUUCAUAAUAAAAUAAUUGAUGCAAAAGUUAAUUUGGCUGACAUUAAAAUGGUAAACUAAGAAUAACCUUGUCCACCUCAUUUAAUUUAGCAAUACAUGAAUAAAGAUUAAAAAGAUCAAAAUUAAUAAUAGAAGCCUUAAAAUCCACCUCCUUAGUAGCCACCUCAAUAGUAGUAAUAAGCUCCUCAGCCUUAAAAGGGAGCUAAUUUCCACUAUAAACCAUAAUAGAACCCUGUAUAAAAUUAUGCAAAUAAUUACAGACCAUAGUCUGCAAGAAAUGACUAGGUUCAAAAUAAUAAUAUUCAAUAGCAAGUUGCUUAAGAUUUAGAAAGAAAAAAAGAAAUGGAACGUCUGAAAUUAGAGAGAGACAGAUUGGAGUUAGAAAAGAAGAAAGAAUAAGAACGCAUAAGAUAAGAAAAGGAGAAACUAGCAUAUCAAAAGCUAGAAUAAGAAAAGGAAGCCCGAUAUAAGAGAUAGAAGGAAUAAGAACUUAAAGAAAAACAAAGAGAAGAGAGAGAAAGAGAACUGCAAAAAAUAGCAUUUGAAAAUAAAUAGAGACAACUAUAGCUAAAUCAAAUUAAUUAAAAACGUGAAGAAGUUUAAGCAGGAGGUAUGGCUGUUUUUGCAAAUCCUAAUUUCAAGCCAAAUAAGCAGCCAGUAGUGCCUGUAAAAAAUAUUUAACUUCCUGCAAGUAAACCAUCUUACAAUCCCCCAAAAAGUGGUGGAGAGAAAAGAAAUAAUAGUAAACCAGCAGUAGCUAGGUCAGGAUCUAGCCAUAAUUAGCAAAAUGUUUCUGAUAAAAAAGUAAUUCAGCAAAAGAAAGAUGAAGAAGCUAAAUAGAAAAUUAUGGAGCAGAGAAUACAAAGAUAAAAGUCAGAGAAAGAAAAGAAAGAUUAUGAAAUGAAACUAUAAAAAGAAAAGGAAGAAGAGCUUCUCAAGAAAAAGGAGGAUAAACAAAAAAAGAUUGAUGAACAAAGAGAAUAAAUGAUAAAAGACAGAAGAAAAUGGUAAAAAGGAGGAGAGAAAUAAAUCGAGUUUGUAGAAAAUAAAAUAGGUGGAAGCACUCCUAGUAGCAAUAACUAAUUAGAAAAGGAAUCAGAUUAGGAUAAUACUUCAAAUGAAUAGCUCGAAAAGAAACAAAAAGUACCUGUCAAAAAGUGGAGCGUGCCUUAAAAGGUAAAUAAUAAAAAGGACGAUUGGGACAUUCAAAUAUUUGAAUCAAAGAAAAAACCUACUUAAGCAAAAUAAAAAAGUGAAGAUAAGCUAGAUGAAUACAAUAGUGAUGAAGAAAAUAAAUAAGAUAAAAAAUUAUAGAAAAAAUAAUCAAAAACAGAAAAAGAUUUAGACGAAUAUAACUCAGAUAGCGAUGAUUUAAAUAAUAGAAAGGCUGAUAUUACAGCUCAGGAAAUACCAGAAGACAUAGAAGAGAACGUUAGCAAACUUCCAGAAAUUGUCAGAGAAGAAACUUACUUAUAAAAUGAAGAUAAUACAGAGUUUAAUAUUGUCAGCGAAGCUGAUCCCAAGUAGUGCUUGGAAUUAAUGUAAUAAUUAUAAGAAAUAGUUGAAAAUGCUGAUAAACUUUAAAUAGAUGAAAAAUUUGCAAGAAAUGAUUUCUUCGAUUUCACAAAGACUUAAAAAACUAAGAAGUUCAAUUAACCAAAUAAGUCUAAGGAAAGCUUAACGACAUAGGAAGAAGAAGAUGAAUAAGAAGUCAUCAGAGAUGAUGACUCUGAUGAACCUGAACGUCUCUAAAACACAGGUAAGUUUUUGGAUGAUUUCCCUGAGCCUCCAAAAUUACAGCCUAAAUAAAUUGCCCAGGACGAGCAAGAAUCAAUAAAUAUAAUUGGCAAUGGCCACGAAAAGCUAGAACAUCUUUAUAUUGAAUUAGAGGAAAAAUUGUCUGAUAAUUUUACUAAAGCAUACAAAAUUAUGAGUGAAGAACUAAAAAAAUUAGAUUAUAAUCUAGAUCUCUUAGAAAAGAAGUAUGGUGAUAACAGGUACAGCCAGUUGUUAGAUUUCCUAUCAAAAGAUCAAAUUGAUAAAUAUUUAAGGAUCAUCAUAACUUUAGUUUGUUUAGAAUAAUAACUUUAUAACUCUAAUUGA